AUGAGUGAUAGCAAUGCAUUUGUGUUGGACAAUGGUGCAUUUUACGCAAAGCUUGGUUUAUCGGACGAACAAGAACCAAAAACCAUUCUAAACUGUAUCACAAAAGCGAAAUCCGAACGAAGGCGACCCUUCAUUGGAAACCAGAUCGAAGAGUGCCGCGAUGCUUCCGGGCUGUUUUACAUCCUGUGCUUUCAACGUGGCUAUCUGGUGAACUGGGACGUACAGAAAACGGUCUGGGAUUAUUUGUUCAGCCCAGAUUGCUGUCCGGUACAGUUUUCCGAAACGCCGCUGCUGAUCACGGAACCGCUGUUCAAUUUCGGGUCCAUUCAGGAGGCGAUGCUGGAAAUCCUUUACGAGGAGUACGACUGCGAUGCCGUUUGCAAAUCUACGGCGAUAGAUCUGGCGGCUUUCAACUACGCCCAUAGCGAUGGAUUCGAAGGGCGUAAGAAACCGUUGGCAUGCGUGGUGGUAGAGAUGGGCUUUAGCUUUACGCACAUCGUCCCUUUCGUUAAGGGCAACAAGGUGAAGGAAGCUACCCGCCGCAUCGAUGUUGGGGGGAAGGUGUUAACCAACCAUCUGAAGGAAAUCAUCUCCUACCGGCAACUGAACGUGAUGGACGAAUCGUACGUGAUAAAUCAGGUGAAGGAAGACAGUUGCUUCGUGUCACAGAACUUUAACGACGAUAUGCGAAUAGCACGGAAGCGCUUCCCGGAUAAUACAAUCUUGCGGGAAUACGUGUUGCCGGAUUACACACAAAUUCGUCGCGGAUUCCUUCGAAAACCGAACGAAACGACGGGUAUGGAUAACGGCGAGGAACUGCAAACAGUAAAACUGGGAAAUGAACGCUUCGUAAUCCCCGAGAUGCUGUUCCACCCGUCAGAUGUGGGAAUCCAACAGAUGGGCGUGCCGGAAGCGAUAGUCGAUGCGAUCAACAUGUGCGCGGAAGAAACGCGUCCCCAUCUCUUCGCGAACAUUGUCGUUUGCGGUGGUUGUGCCCUGUUUCCGGGUAUGCAAUCACGGGUGGAAAAAGACGUCAGAGCUCUUGCUCCUGAUGAGUACGAGGUUAAAGUAACCGUUCCUGAAAAUCCAAUCACUUACGCCUGGCAUGGUGGGAAGAAGUAUUCACAAUCGCUUAGUUUUAUGAAAUCGUGCAUGAGUCGCAACCAGUACGAGGAGUACGGCUCGAGGCAUCUGGUGGAUAAGUACGAUAGCUAGCGGCGUAGGAAAAACAAAUCCCGAAAACAGGAGGACGUACCAGGCUAGCGUUCUGCAGAUUAAAGCCAACCAACAUCCUUUGAUGGAAUGCCAGCCCUCCGACCGGAUGCUUUCGGGAAGACCGACGUGUGUCUUCUAUAUACUCUAACAUCGAUCGAUAUGACGACGAAAUCGAUGAAC